AUGUCGUCAAUUAAUGAACAACAAGAAUUCCAACCACCACAUGAAACUUAUUACAUUCCAGUUACCUCUCGAUCGGGUGGAUCCAAUGAAGUUCUUUCACCUCCUCAACCUCAACCACCACCACCUCAACCAACAACAACAAAAAACACUGUUGGUCACACCACAGGUGGUGAUGGUCAUGAUAGUGGAAGUGAUACCUUUCAUUCCUUGUUUGGAUCUCAUCGGUUGAAACAAUGGAAAAUUGCUUGCACAGUGACUUCCUUGGUGCUCGCUAUUUUAGGAGUGUCUUUAUUUGGUACUUCCAAUCUCUUUCUCAUGCUAAUGAACAUUAUUGUUCUACUGACUGGUUUGACAGGUGUUUUUGGUGUCCUCAAAGGAAAUUUGGAAGCACUUCGAAUUCAUGCUUAUGGAUGUGUGUUUGGUUCCUUCUUUUUCUUCUUUGUGUACAUGAUUCAUCAAUUACCAAGUUGGUUUUAUGGUGCACAUGCAUUGUUUUAUGAUGGUGCCAUUUCAGUGGUGUUUUAUGUGUUGAGUAUUCCCAUUGGAAUUACAGUCUCUUUUGUUGCUCAGAUGUAUAUGAGAUGUUUUGAAAGGGCUUUGAAAUCUGAUCAGAAAACAUCUUCUGGAAUGAAUCAUAUUUAG